GUCCACUCCACGUGGUUGGAAAACACAUACUUUCUCUCUCUUUGUUUCUCUCACUAAAAACAGUCUCUUUUCUUUCUUCAGUCUGUAUAUAAAUAUAAGCUCAAUCAAAAAGACUAGGUAUGGAACGGUAGUUUUAGCCUUUGACAGCCUCAAACUUUGCUAGAGAGAUCACAUAGAGACAUACACACGCACAAAAAAGAAAAAGAGAGAAACUUUUUAGAGAGAGAAAAGGUGAAAAUCAUAAUCCAAAGUCUGCCCUUUAAGCCCGGAUUUUUAUCUUCCCAUUAUUGGGUUUUCAAUCCACAAUUCAAGGAAUCCGGACCAUUUAGCUUAAUACGAUACCCUGUCGAAUGGGAAUACUUUUUUCCUGCCCGUUUGCUGAAUAUGGUGAUUUUGAGAAUGCCUUAGAAUCUGUUACUGUAAAAUCUAUUAGCUUUGGAGAUCAUGAAGCGAAAACUCCUGCGCGAUCCAUUAGUUUUGGUAGUCAGGACUUGGAACCUUUGAUAUUGAAAUCUUUAGGUUCUGGAAAGAUGAUAGUCGAAAGAUCUGUUAGCUUUAAGGGGGGAGAAUUAGAAAAAAUGAUGUCAAGGAGAGAUCCUGCAUCAGACAAAGAAAAGGAUGCUACAUCAGUUAGUGAAUAUACCACAGAGAGCGAUAGUGAAUCUCAGAACUUAAAUAGUGAUAUACAAAUGAUCCAAAAAUCGCAAAUUUUUGACCCCUCCAACCCCAAACACCAGGCGGCAGUAAAAUUGCAGAAAGUGUACAAAAGCUUCAGAACCAGAAGAAAGCUUGCAGAUUGUGCAGUUCUUGUUGAGCAGAGCUGGUGGAAACUCUUAGAUUUUGCUGAACUCAAGCACAGUUCCAUAUCAUUCUUUGAUAUUGAAAAACAUGAAACUGCCAUUUCACGUUGGUCUAGAGCAAGAACGAGAGCUGCCAAGGUUGGGAAAGGCUUAUCAAAGAAUGACAAAGCUCAAAAACUUGCUUUACAACACUGGCUUGAAGCGAUUGAUCCACGGCAUCGCUAUGGACAUAAUUUACACUUCUAUUAUGUAAAUUGGCUUCAUUCCAAGAGUAGAGAACCUUUCUUUUACUGGCUAGAUAUAGGAGAAGGCAAGGAAGUAAACCUUGAAAAAUGCCCUCGACUAAAGCUUCAACAGCAGUGCAUCAAGUAUCUUGGUCCGAUGGAAAGGAAGUGCUAUGAAGUUGUUGUGGAUGAGGGGAAGUUCAUUUACAAGCAGACAGGGGAAAUCCUUCACACCACUUCAGAUGCCAAGUGGAUUUUUGUUCUUAGUACAUCUAAGACUUUGUAUGUUGGCAAGAAGAAGAAAGGAACAUUCCAGCAUUCAAGCUUCUUGGCUGGAGGAGUCACAACUGCUGCUGGUAGAUUAAUUGUUGAGAGCGGCAUUCUUAAGGCAGUGUGGCCUCACAGUGGACAUUAUCGCCCUACAGAAGAAAACUUCAAGGAUUUCCUUUCAUUCCUCCGAGAAAACAAUGUAGAUUUGACAGAUGUAAAGACAAACCCAAUUGAUGAGGAAGAUGGAUCUGAUAAGCCAAGAAGCAGCAGACAUCUGAGGAGCCAUUCAUCUGAAGAGGACUUGAUUCAAACAGUAAAUGAUUUGGAGAUUGAAGAGAGCAGUGAUUUAAUUAAAGAUAACUCUGAUGCGGCAUUGGAAGAACAGAAGCCGGGACGACUCCACAACUUUAGUAGGAAACUGACCAGUCUUGAAAUACCAGAAAGAGAAGAACUGCUUAAGAGUUUAGAGAGUGAAAGUCUGACUGCUGAUCCAAAUGGAAAUAAUGUGUCUGCAGACCCUCUCGUAGCAGAUGGUUAUAAACCUGCAGAUGAAAAGCUUCAGAAGAAUUUGUUUGAAAAUCAGGAAGACAAUGAAGUUGAAGACAUUCCUGAAGAGGCAAUUCUUCAAAGGAUUAAUUCGAAGAAGGGAAUGGAAUCAUAUCAAUUGGGUAGGCAGUUGUCUUGCAAAUGGACAACUGGGGCAGGACCUCGGAUUGGCUGUGUUAGAGACUAUCCCUCAGAGCUCCAAUUUCGAGCUUUGGAGCAAGUGAACUUGUCUCCAAGAAGGAUUGCUCAUUCAAGAAGCAUUAAUACAUUCAGCCAAAAGAUGUGCACACCGACGGGUUUUAGUGGGGAAACAGCUGCAACUGUGGCUUCAGCAAAGCCCGAAAAGGGGAUUUUGAUGCAAAGAAGCCUUCCACAUUCUAUAACACAGUCCUUACAGUGUUGGAAGGACAUCAAUGACAGCAGUAGAUGAUGCGUCCUUAGGGAGAAUUAGUUUCUAACUAAUUUAUUCUUUCAUGUGAAUAGAAAAGAUGAUAUAGGGAUUAUUCGUCAUUCUUUUUCUUUUCUACCUUGUUGAAUCAUUUAUACAUUUUCUUUUUUCCUUCA